UGUUCCAUGCACCAUUGCUCACACCAUUCUCCUUCGUUAGGGUUCCCUCUUUCCUGUUCUCGCUCUUCCUUCCUUUCCUUCGUUGCUGUCCUUCGCCUCCAUUUCCAGUUGCCUCAUCAAGCAGUGACACACCAGACCACCGAACGGACUCUGUACAGGAGGAAAGCAUUACCGCAUAAGUAGGAUUUGCUGUGCCGGUUGUUGAAGGUCCCGUUUAGUUGUGCACGAAUGGCAGACGACGAAGGGUACGAGUAUGGCCACUCGCCUCCGCCUCGGUCUGACAAUGGAGAUCAUGUCUCCACGGAGCGGAACAGUGGCAGGAAACGCGAGCGUGCCUCUCGAGAAUCUGACAGAGACCGAGAGAGGAGUCGAGACAGAGAUCGGGACAGGGGCAAAGACCGUCGACACAGAGAUGUGGACGUGGAUCGCGAAAGAGAUAGAGACAGGGACAGGGAAAGGGAAAGGGAUCGAGAUCGGCAUCGUAGCCAUGAUCGAGAUAGACGUAGUCGUGAGUAUGAUCGGGACAGAAGACACCGGCAUCGUUCUCGAUCCAUUUCUCGUGGACGAUCGCAUGGCGUAUCUAGAUCCAGAUCUCGUUCAAGAUCUCCGUCUCGUUCAAGAAGGAAACAAAGUGGAUUUGACAUGGCUCCGCCAGGUGCAGCCGUUAUUGCAGGAGCUGCAGUACCAGGUCAACUGCCUGGAAUGGCACAGCCUAUGCCUGGAGUAUUCCCAGGGAUGUUUCCUUUCGGAGGAACGCAGUUUGGAGGUAUUCCUGGAAUGCCAGCUCAAGCAAUGACUCAACAGGCUACGAGGCAUGCCCGGCGAGUGUAUGUUGGGGGUCUUCCACCCAUGGCGAAUGAACAAACAAUAGCGACCUAUUUUAGUCAGGUGAUGGCCGCUGUUGGAGGCAAUACUGCUGGUCCAGGUGAUGCUGUUGUGAACGUAUAUAUCAACCAAGAAAAGAAGUUCGCAUUUGUUGAGAUGCGAACUGUUGAAGAAGCCAGCAAUGCCAUGGCCUUAGAUGGCAUCAUGUUUGAGGGUGUAUCUGUUCGAGUUAGGAGGCCAAGUGAUUACAAUCCAUCUAUGGCUGCUACUCUUGGACCAAGUCAACCUAGUCCUCAUCUUAAUUUGGCUGCUGUUGGGCUGACUCCUGGGAGUGCUGCUGGAGGUGCAGAUGGACCUGAUCGUAUCUUUGUGGGAGGUUUGCCCUACUAUUUGACUGAGAUUCAAAUUAAGGAGCUGCUUGAAUCAUUUGGGCCUUUGCGAGGUUUUGAUCUUGUCAAAGACCGGGACACUGGGAACUCUAAAGGAUAUGGUUUCUGUGUUUAUCAGGAUCCAGCUGUUACAGACGUUGCUAUAGCUGCACUUAAUGGAUUGAAAAUGGGUGACAAGACUUUAAGCGUGCGUCGUGCUUCUGCUAGUGGACAACCAAAGCCGGAUCAAGCCAAUGUGCUAGCUCAUGCGCAGCAGCAAAUCGCUAUACAGAAACUUGCAUUACAAGCUAGUGGCGCCAAUGCUGUUGCAUUGGGUGGCAUGGGUUUCCCUGGGCUCCCAAUGAUGCCUGGAAUGAUGCCUGGCAUGGGAGGGAUGUCUCCACUUGAAACUUCCACUAAAGUGGUCGCCUUGACUCAGGUCGUAUCACCAGAUGAAUUAAAGGAUGACGAAGAGUAUCAAGAUAUUUUGGAGGAUAUGAAGGAAGAAUGUGGGAAGUACGGUAACCUUCUUAGAGUCGUCAUUCCCAGACCAAGAGAUGGCGAAGAUGUUCCUGGUGUCGGCAAGGUCUUUGUUGAGUACUCAGAUACUGCAGGUGCUGCGAAAGCAAAAGCAUCGCUUCAUGGUCGUAGGUUUGGUGGACACUCUGUUGUUGCUGUCUACUAUCCCGAGGAAAAAUUUGCUGCAGGGGAUUAUGGAGGUUAGAAGAGGGCAGUGACGAGGCCCUUGUCCAUUUUAAGUCGGGACCUACUGUUCAGAACGCGUAUACUGUAUUUGCAGUCUUCAAGGAGUAAUAAGCUUGUAAGAGACCUUUUUUACUAAGGGUUCCGUUUUACGAAGCUAUGACUUUCGUACAAUGUAGGUCAGGUAGUGCAGUGUUCUCCAGGCUUCUUUUUGACCCAGUCUGUUUGUUAUUCUUUUUGCAGUGUGGAGAUCACCUAUGUGCCACUAAGGGCUCGUCACUGUAUUGGUUAGACGUGUUGGAAAUUACUAGCUUUCAAAAUCCAAUAAUUUGAAUAGGUCUUUUUGGGAACUUGGUCUUGAUGGUGAAUAAAAAGGAAAAGCGAGUACUUAUUGUCCUGGGAAUAUGUACGAGAAAUUGGACCUUAUUGCAACGUUUCUGUAAAGCGUAUGAAUUGUUCAUUUCC